AUGAAUGAAUCAAUUGAUCAAUACCUUGGAUUUUUAAAAAUCUUAUCUAAGGAAUGUGCUUUUAAAUCCGUUUCGGCCAUCGAAUACAGAGAUGAAUAUAUUCGAGAUUCUUUUAUCAAUGGUCUUUUGUCUAAUAAUAUUCGACAACGCUUAUUGGAGAACAACACAUUGAAAUUAGAGGAAGCUGUAACUCGGUCUCGGGCAUUGGAAAUGGCUCAAAAGCAAUCUGAAGUGUAUAGCAUGCCUCUGACUCAAGGAUCUGUGAACGCUCUAACCGAAGAUACUACUUCAAUGAUCAAACCUGAUAAUAAUCAACCAACAGUAUCGGCGAUACAACAAAAAUGUUAUUUUUGUGGCUAUGACAGACAUCCUCGCAGCUCUUGCCCAGCCAGAGAUGCUGUAUAUAAAAAAUGUGACAAGAAGGGACACUUUUUGAAGGUAUGUAGAUCAAAAACAAAAUCCGAUAGCGCAUUUGUGUCCAUGGCUACUCUAGCUUGUGUAACUGCAACUGUACCAGGUCUCUUGUCUAAAGCUAUUAUUAGAGUAAAAGUAAACAAUAUUAACGCAAAUACUCUUAUUGAUACUGGUAGCUCUAAUAGUUUUAUUAAUGAAGAAUUUGUCCAAAUUCACAAAAUAAAAUCAUAUCCAGAAAACGGACAGGUACUUUUGGCGACAACUGCCUAUUCAUCAAACCUAAAAGGUUAUGUUCUUGUUGAUUUACUGCUACAAGAACACACUUACAAAAAUCUCAAACUAUCUAUACUCCCUAAAUUAUGCUCAGAUAUUUUAAUAGGUCAUGAUGUACUAAGAACUCACUCUAGUAUCGACCUCACAUUUGGGGUACCAAAACCACCAUUAUCAAUUUGUAACAUGACUUUUGUAAAUAUAAAGCCACCUCGACUCUUCAAUAAUGUUGUUAAAGACUGUAAGCCAGUAGCAGUUAAGUCACGUCGCUAUUCAGAUGAAGAUGCUAAAUUUAUAAGGGAGGAGGUCACUAAAUUAUUGUACGAUAAUAUAAUUGAAGAAAGUACUUCGCCCUGGUGA